AUGGUUGGCCACUCCUAUAAGCUAGAGCUCCCGUCCUCCUACCGUAUCUCACUAGUGCUACACGCAGACCGGCUACGUAAGGCAGAUAACAAUCCUCUCUCUGGCCAGAUCCCUACUCCACCUCCUGCAGUUGAAGUUGACAGAGAUCUCGAGUGGGAAGUUGAGAGAAUUCUGUCAUCAAGAAUUAGCAGAGGUCGGCUGGAAUACAAGAUACAAUGGCAAGGAUGGGACCCUGACGAUACAUGGUACCCUGCUGGCAACCUGCGGAACGCUCCUCUGGCGUUACAAGCUUACUACAACGCGUACCCAUAG